ACAAUAUCUACGGAGGCGAAUCAGACAGACAUAUAUAGUCGGUUUUCAUAGAAUCCUACAUAAAUUGUCCCGAUCCUAAACGCGGAACUUCUUAUCACAGCUAUUUUUUGAACUGCCUUCCUCGGUGGAAAUGUCCAAGUUAGGGCUUUUAAGGGCAGGAUUCUCAGCAAUCCUUGGCAGAGAAGUGGUACUACAGGAAGGUGGAGCGACGUUUUCAAUCGAUGAUGUUUUAAAACAAACACACGUGAUGAAACCGCUGGGAUUCAGACCGCCUUCCACAAAACCUGUACAUGAGACGUUUCCAAUUUUUGUGAGAGGCUUGUUUGGAUCUGGGAUUGGCUUCCCUAGUAAUACACUCACUUUACAGGUGACAGAGGGGCAUUCUGUAUUUGAAAUGAAACUUCAAAUUCAGGAAAAAUUAGAGAUAGCACUGGAGCAGUUUGACCUAAUAUUGGGUAAUAAGUGUCUUGAUGACGAUCGAACUGUGGAAGACCACGGAUUACAGCCCCGAAGCACCAUUUACUUGGUGCUUCGCCUUAAGGGAGGUGGAGGUCCGUUCACAAUAAGCAAAGAGGACCUUGCUCCUGAGUUCGAUUACGACUUCACUGAUGUCAAAGAUGAUGGUCAACGAUACAUGAGAGGGGGGUUCGAGUACAAGCGACCGUACGGUUGGAAGCGAUUUGGGCUCAGGGCUCUUGGAAGGUACGAAAACGACGAUUGGCUUGGCCCUAAUGGUUUCCGGACGAGCCAAGCAAGAGGAGAAUGGCCUGUGUCUUAUUACGGAACGAAUAUGAGCAGCGCAGAGAUGAUCGUGAAGGAGGGCUAUAAGCCCGGGCCAGCAACUAAGUUUGGUGUCGGCAUCUACACAAGUCCAAGCCUUGAAAUGGUUGAAAGGUUGUAUGCGCAGGAAUUCACUUACGACCGGAAAAGGUACAAAAUUGCUUUUCAGAAUCGAGUUAAUCCUGAUCUUAAUGGUCACCUUAAAAUCAUCAGUGCUUCGGAUACUGGAGUAGAAGCUGACUACUGGUUGUCUCCAAAAGAUAAUAAUGAUGUGCGCCCAUAUGGACUUCUCAUCCGUGAAGUCCGACAGACCGAACAAACAGACCAGACAUGCUCCUUGAUUUGAGUGCACGCAUGUAGUGGGAGAGAGAGAGCCAGGAUAAGAUUCAAAUUUCUGCUUUACAUACGGUUCCAGAUUACACAUUUAGAGUUUGCCACUUCGAGAGACACCAUAGAAUUCAACCGCCAUCUGUUAGGUUUUCAUGUACCCAAGCGCAAUCUUAGUUUCCCAAUGGAUAAGAAAUUGAUAAUUUCACUCUAUGAUCUAUGUUGUUACGGUUAUAGAUCUUUUUCUGUAUCCGCGCCAACUCUUUGGAACUCCUUAGCUUUCCGAAGAAUAUACGAUUACGUAAGCCCUUAGAUUGU